CUCACUUGUUUAGUCCGCCUGUGAGCGCUCUGUGGCCGGGCAAGCUGUGGAGGACGAGGCGCUCCUGUCACAUGAGGAGGAGCAGAGAGGAGGAGGAGGAGGAAUGGAGGCUGGGAAAUAUGGAAUUAGUCCUUUUUUUGACAGCUAGCUGUUAGCCUUUAGCCUGCCCAGCACCAACCAGAGAGCUGAAGAAGUGGACUGUGACUGCUCCUCUCUGCUGCUGUCAUGUCGAGUAAAAGUCGUCUUCUACCACCAGCAGCAGCAGCCGCAGCCGCAGCAGCAGCCCUGUUACACUAAUGAUGAUGAUGUUGAUGAGCGCUGAAGAUCAUCAUCAUCAGCAGCAGCAGCAGCAGCAACAGCAGCAGCAGAGGUUCAGCUCAUGACUGAAGGUCAUGAAGCAGCCAGUGAAGUGACCGCUGAGGACACGACAGCCUGACGGUGCUGCACAUGAGCACCAUGGCCUCCAAAGAGAGACUGUAUGAGGUGUGGAUGCUCUACUACACUAAGAGGGAUCCAGACUACUUGAAGCUAUGGUUAGAGAUCUUCAUCGGCGCCUACGAGCGAUGUUUGGACGUGGAUUUCGAAAAACCUCCUUCAAGGCCAGAAGAGCUCCCCCCGGUGUUGACCCUCCUCCCCGACAACAUCCUGCAGGUUUUACGCCACCAGCUGCUGCAGUGUGUCCAGAAGGCGUCUGACGGCCUGGAGCCGGAGCAGCAGAACCUGGCUCUGCUGCUGCUCAAGUUCCUCAUCAUCAUCUGCAGGAACCUGUCCAACGUGGAGGAGAUUGGCACCUGCUCUUACAUCAAUCACAUCAUCACCAUGACAACGCUCUACAUUCAGCAGCUCAAGAGCAAGACCAAAGAGAAGGAGAUGGCAGACCAGAGUCAGGCCGAGGAGUUUGUACGCCACGCGCUGGCGUUCUGCGAAAGCCUCUACGACCCGUACCGCAACUGGAGGCAUCGAACCUGCGGGGAGCAGCUGGGAACAGUGGAGAGGAACAGACAGAAGUACAAAGCUGCUCCGCUAACCGUCGAGUUUGUCCCCUUCUUUUACCAGUGCUUCCAGGAGAGCGAGCACCUGAAGGAGAGUCUAAAAUGCUGCUUGCUGCACUUGUUUGGAGCCAUCGUAGCAGGUGAUCAGAAGAACGCCUUGCUCGCCAUCUCUCCUGCCACCAUGGAGGUGCUGAUGCGAGUGCUCGCCGACUGCUCCAUGGGAAGCUGCCCCUCCGACGAGGGCGAGGACUGGGACAGCGAGGCCCCCGACAGGAAGGCCCUGCUGACUCUGGGCUGCCUGCGCGAGGUGGUGCAGCGUCUGCUGGCGUCCAGCUCUGACCAGCGGCAGGUGGAAAUCGCCUCGGUGCUGGAAAACUACUUUAAGCUGCUCAACUCGGACCCGGCGGCCGUGGUCGCUGCUCGACAGCAGCAGCAGCAGCAGCAGGCUAAGGGGCGAGUGCCGACGCUGGGGCGACACUGGGAGAGUCGCUUUGUGGCGCUGCAAGUGCACAUGCUCGACACGAUCAGGGACAUGUUCCUGUGCUCAGACAGACCUGUUCUACAAGCCAUUUUCCUCAACAGCAACUGUUUCGAGCAUCUGACUCGACUGCUGCAGAACAGCAAGCUGGUUAACGCGAGGUGCACGGCGGCAGACAAGGACCAGAAAGAUUUAACCAACAACAGGUUACUGACAGCAGAGAGGGACACUCAGGUGUUUCAGGGGCGACUUGACUCCCUCGCUGUAGCCACCAUCAAAGCCCUGACAGUAGUGAUGCACAAAUCACCGGCUGCAAAGGAGGUGUUCAAGGAGAGAAUUGGUUACAAUCAUCUGUAUGAAGUGCUCAUCUCACUGGGCCAACCAUCGCGACACCUUCUCAAAGAACUGAUGAACAUGGCGGUGGAGGGCGAGCACAGCUCAGUGGGUCUCCUGGGCAUAAGUAACGUGGAACCCUUGCUGCUGCUGGUCCAGUGGCUCCCGGAGCUGGACUCUUCGGAGCUGCAGCUUUUCACGGCUGAUUGGCUCCGCCGCCUCAGCUGCCUUAAUCGCCAGACCCGCGCCACCUGUGUCAACGCCAGCAUGGUCAUGCAAGCGCUAGCCGCCCUGGAACGCCAUGAGCGACUUCAUCGAGCUUGUGCCGAGAGCCUGCUGGGGCUGGUCGGCUCACUGGGCUCCCAGUCCUUGAGCGCGAGGGAACUUCUGGGGUUCCUGCGCCUCCUCAGGCCGCCAGAGUCAAGCCAGGCUCAUCCCUAUGUGGGUCCCGCCCUGAGAGCCCUCCUGACUAUGGUACGCAAACAGGGCCUGGAGAGUGCAAUGCAGUAUUUUGACCUGUCGCCCAGCAUGGCCGGCAUCGUUGUGCCAACUGUGCAGCGCUGGCCAGGCUCCGCCUUCAGCUUCCUUGCCUGGUUGUCUCUGGAUCAGGAUCAGUUGGGUCCCCCCAGCAAAGACAAGAGGAAACAGCUCUACAGCUUUUUCACCCCGGGAGGAACGGGGUUUGAGGCCUUCAUCAGCUCCGCCGGUGUCCUCGUGGUGGCCGUUUGCACUAAGAAGGAGUAUGUCACCGUCAUGCUGCCCGACUACUGCUUCUGUGACUCUCUCUGGCACAGCAUCGGUGUCGUUCACGUACCAGGAAAGAGGCCGUUUGGUCAGAGCCUCGUCUACAUUUAUGUUGAUGGACAGCAAAAACUGUCUGCUCCCCUUAAGUAUCCCACCAUGACAGAGCCAUUCACGUUAUGCUGCAUCGGCUCCGCGGGUCACCGCACCACGACGCCGCCGCCCUCCCAGAUUCCCGACCCCCCAUUCUCCUCCGCCACCACGCCCACCACUCGCUCCUCGCUGGGCAGCAUCCUGUCACCGCAGAUGUGGGGCGGGUUGCUGGGCGGGAAACCCGAGUCUGUGACCAAGCUGAUCUCGGCGGGGACGCAGGACAGCGAGUGGGGAAGCCCCACGUCGCUGCAGGGGCAGCUGGGAAGCGUCAUGGUGUUCCACGAGCCGCUGCAGCCCAACCACGUCAAAGCCAUCUGCAGCUCUGGUCCAAACUGCAUCUCUCCGUUAAAAGCCCAGGAGUCGGAACACGGCGACGUUUCGUCCAAACUGCUGCUACACUACUCGCCCAAGGCCUGUAAGAAUCCCAUCUGUCUGGAUCUGUCUCCCAACAAACUGCACGGACGACUCACUGGAAACAAAGUCGUCAACUGGGACAUCAAGGACAUGGUCAACUGUGUGGGCGGCGUCUCCGUGCUCUUCCCCGUCCUGGAGCAGUUGUCCCUGACGACGUCGGAUCAGGACCAGCACGGCAGCGAUCCCGCUGCGGGGUCAGAGUUCAUCACCCCGGACGUUUCCACUCCGGCGGACGGAGACUGGGUCAUCCUCCCGUCCAACAGGGCUUCAGAGGCUCGUCUGGAGAAGAACCUGGUGGCCACCUUCCUGUUGGUGCUGAAGCACUUCCUGCAGAGACAUCACAUCAACCAGGAGAACCUCCUGCACUCACAUGGUGUGGCGACACUGGGAGCUCUGCUGCAGAAGUUGUGUUCAGGUCAGGUGGACGUGAGCGUGCUGGUGGCCGUGCAGCUGCUGAUCGAGCAGGUGACGUACGAGAAGAACACGUCUCUGCUGCAGCAGCUUCACACACAUCUGCUCUUCAACUUCAACAUCUGGAGCAGAGGAGACUUCCCGCUGCGCAUCGGUCAUAUCCAGUACAUGUCCACCGUCAUCAAAGACAACAGGAAACAGUUCAGGAAAAAAUAUGGCGUCCAGUUUCUGUUGGACACCAUUCGUCUUUAUUACGGAAAGAACAACAACAAAGAGAGCGACCUGAGCGAGGACGACGUCCGCACCAUCCGCGCGUCGCUCUGCGGCCUCGUCAAGUACUACAUCAGCAAGGGCAUGUCGCAGGAGGAGAUGCACAGCAUUCUGGGAUACAUGGCUGCCAUCGGAGACGAGGACCAGCUGUGUGUCCUGCUGGAGUUGCUGCUCAGCCUCUUCCAGAGCAGUCCGGCCCGGGACCAGAUCUUCCUGCUCCUCUUUGAGCCCGGAGCGGCCGACUCCUGCUACGCUCUCCUCCUCAACAACAAACACUCGGACCGACUCCGAGAGCUCGUCUUCAAGCUGUUCGAGCGCAUGCUGCGCUGCGACCGCGUCUACGAGAAGAACAAGCAGCGUCUGAGGCUGAGGGAGGCCGGUUACUCCGGGCUGUCGCUGCUCUUCUCUGAGCUCCACAUCACACCCACGCUCGUCCGCUGUCUCCUCAACCAGGUCCUCCACACAGAUCACGUGGUGAACUACAAGGACCUGAUGUCUCUGGUGCAGCUCACACACCGGGCUGGACCUGCUGUACGACUCAUAGUCUGCAAACGGGUGUACCAGCUGCUUCAGUCUCAGCAGGACGCUGCAGUCCAGAUCUCAAAGCAGCAGUGUUGGCAGGACACGCUGAUGCGUCUGUACCUGCGUGGUGACGGCUCCGUGCCGCCGCGCUGCUCCGACACCGUCAGCACCUGCAGCCUGGAGCUGAGCCGCGGCAGCAACAACCGCCUGGAGCUGCCGCUGGAGAGGAGGACGCGCGCGGGCAGCGCCGGGCGUCUGGAGGACGACCGGGUCAGCGUCAGCGACACCGUGGACAGCCUGGACAACGGCGACGUCAUCUCGCUCCUGGACACGCCCUCUUCCUCCGCGUCCGCCGAGCCGCAGCUCCACGCCAAACCCUGGGUGGUGGGUAAGUCCGGCGGCCUGACACUCGACCUGUCGCACCUGCAGGCGUACGAGGGCGGCGACAGCGGCAGCCAGACGCCCGGGAGCGCGCUCAGCACGCCGUCGCCCGUGGAGGCGUCCAAGCCCUUCCCGGGGAUGUCCGGAGAUCGGGACGCCGCCAAUGAAGACAGUUUCCUCUUCAGUGACAGCAUCUCGCUGGGAGAGUCCUUCAACAACGCUGAGAGGACGGAGGAGGAACUGUGCAGUAUGCUGCUGGAGAUCGUGCUGUGUGUGAUGUGGCGCGGCGUGGAAGGGUCCGACGACUCGGCGUGGCUGGAGCGCGGUCAGGUGUUCUCCGCUCUCACCAAACUGGGCACUAGCAACGAGCUGCUGCUCCCCGUCGACCACAUCAAACUCAGUCUGAUGGAGCGGAUGUUGGAGUGCGCGGUGGGCGAUAACCGUGAGGCGUCGGCCGCCACGCUGCCCCAGCACACGGAGAACGCGGUGCGGCUGCUGCACAUGGUGCAGGACUUCCUGCAGGCCGAGGGCCUGGUGAGUCCGUCACUCUGGACGGAGAAGGUUCUGGAGGAGACGGUGACGCUGAUGGACAGCCUCAUGGUGUGGUACUCCGCCGGAGACCAGUGGUUCCAGCUGUCGCAGCUCGGACUGAGGCUGCUGCUGGGCUUCAUGGCGCAGGAAGACGCUGAGGUGUGCGCUAUGGCAACGGCCAAGCUCAAUGGCAUCCUGCAGACCAAGGAGGUGUCGAGCCAGGACGAGGCCUGCUACCUGCUGGGGAAGGUGGAGGGAAUCCUGCGCCGCUCCAUCCAGGAGCAGGCGGAAGAGGACACGUACGCCUUCCUGGUCCCUCUGCUGAGGACGCUGCUGUCCAAAGUCCACCGUCUCCUCUACAUGGAGCUGCACCUGCCGCAGCUUCCCGACACCAACGGCAGCCCGUCCUUCUUCGAGGACUUCCAGCUCUACUGCAAGUCGCCCGAGUGGCGCGUCUACCUCGACAAAUACAUAAUCCCGUACAUGAAGCAGUAUGAGAUUGAGACGUUCAGUCAGGGACACGAGACUAUGGCUCUGUACUGGAAGGAGUGCUACGAGGCGUUCAUGGUCAGUCUGCACCGGAGAGAGCGGGAGCGCGGCGAGAGUAAGAUACGCUUCCAGGAGCACUUUGUGGAGCCCUUCUCUCGCCGAGGACGCCAGGAGAACCUCCGCUACAACAGCAUGUUGAAGCAGCAUCACUGCCUCAGCGGCGCCAUCCUGAGGCAGUGGAAGGCGGCGCGGCGCGGCCUGGUGUGUGAGAGAGGACCGUGGGCCGACAGGCAGCAGGACGAGAUGCACUGCAGAGUCUCCAGCGCUGAGAACUUCUCCCGCAUGAGACUGAAGCUUGUACGCAACUACAACUUUGACCCUCACAGAGAAGCCAGCGCUCUGAGGGACAACCUGGGUGUUCAUCAGCAGCGCGUGAACGCUGAGUCUCUGCUGCUGGAGGCGGUGAAGCAGGUCAAAGUCAGCGACCUGGACGACGACAUCCUGGACCUGCCCGAGGACGACCCCGUUGCCGCCGCCGCCAACACGCAGGCUGAAGCAGAGGAGGUGGGGCAGAAGGAGAAGCUGGUGCUGUUUGAAGACUGUGAGCUGGUGACGGUGGUGGACGUGGUGCCCGGACGCCUGGAGCUCACCACGCAGCACAUCUACUUCUACGACAGCAGCCAGGAGAAAGAGGAAGGUGUGGGCCACGACUUCAAGUGGCCACUGUCUCAGAUCCGGGAGGUGCACCUGCGGCGCUUUAACCUGCGCCGCUCCGCUCUGGAGAUCUUCCUCAUCGACCAGACCAACUACUUCCUCAACUUCAAGAAAGAGGCGAGGAACAAGGUCUACGGCCGCAUGUUGAUGCUGCGAUCGCUCAAUCUGUACGGAACGCGCUCGCCGCAGGAGCUGCUCAAAGCCUCGGGACUCACGCAGAAAUGGGUGAACCGGGAGAUCUCUAACUUUGACUACCUGAUGCAGCUGAACACGAUCGCGGGCCGGACGUACAACGACCUGGCUCAGUACCCGGUGUUUCCCUGGAUUUUGUCGGACUACACGUCGGAGGAGCUGGACCUGAGCGACCCGCGCGUCUUCAGAGAUCUGUCCAAGCCGGUGGCCGUGCUGAACGAACGCAACGCCAAGGCGGUUCGAGAGAAGUACGAGAGCUUCGAGGACCCGACCGGCACCAUCGACCGCUUCCACUACGGCACUCACUACUCCAACGCCGCCGGAGUCAUGCACUACCUCAUCAGAGUGGAGCCGUUCACCUCCAUGCACAUCCAGCUGCAGAGUGGACGGUUCGACUGCGCCGACCGUCAGUUCCACUCCAUCCCAGCGACGUGGCAGACGCUCAUGGACAACCCCAACGACGUCAAGGAGCUCAUCCCAGAGUUCUUCUACUUCCCCGAGUUCCUCGAGAACCAGAACGGUUUUGACCUUGGUCGCCUGCAGAUCUCUAAAGAGCGCGUGGACGACGUUGUUUUGCCUAAAUGGGCCAAAUCCCCCGAGGACUUCAUCUACAAGCACCGUAAAGCCCUGGAGUCAGAUUACGUGUCCGCUCACCUUCACGAGUGGAUCGAUCUGAUCUUUGGUUUCAAGCAGAGAGGCCCCGCGGCCGUGGAGGCGCUCAACGUCUUCUACUACUGCACAUACGAGGGUGCAGUGGACCUGGACUCCAUCACUGAUGAGAAGGAGAGGAAAGCAGUGGAAGGAAUGAUCAACAACUUUGGACAAACACCGUGUCAGUUACUCAAGGAGCCACAUCCAGUGCGUCUGUCCCAGGAGGACGUGGACAAGAGGAAGUCUCAGCUGGACUCGUCUCCUCUCAACAUGUUUGAACACCUCAACGACCUCAAGUCCUUCUUUGUCGAGGGCAUCAGUGACAGCGUGCCCCUGGUUAAAGCUGUGGUGCCAAAGAAUCAGUCACAUUCCUUCAUCACCCAAGGAAGCCCCGACACCCUGGUGACGGUGAGUCAGAACUGCUUGGUGGGGACUCAUGGGUGGCUGCCUUACAACAAGAACAUCUCCAACUACUUCACUUUCAUCAAAGACCCCACAGUGUCGCACACAAAGACCCAGCGCUUCCUGUCGGGACCCUUCGCCGCCGGCGUGGACGUGACGACCGGUCUGUUUGUGGUCUCCCACGACGGGAAGCUGCUCUUCAGCGGCGGACACUGGGACAACAGUCUGCGCGUCACCUCGCUCGUCAAGGGCAAGACUGUGGGGCAGCACAUCCGACACAUGGACAUCGUGACGUGUUUGUCCACUGACCACUGCGGCAUCCACCUGAUCUCCGGCUCCAGAGACACCACCUGUAUGGUGUGGCAGGUUCUGCAGCAGGGCGGAGCUCCUGUGGGUUUGUCUCCCAAACCUGUGCAGGUGUUGCACGGACACACGGACGAGGUGGUCAGCGUCAGCAUCAGCACGGAGCUGGACAUGGCCGUGUCUGGAUCACGGGACGGGACGGUGAUCAUCCACACGGUGCGUCGCGGUCAGUACAUGCGCUGCCUGCGGCCGCCCUGUGACAGCUCCCUGCCGCUGUCCAUCCUCCACCUGGCCAUGUCGUGGGAGGGUCACCUGCUCGUCCACACCUGCCUCGAGGGCAAGGCCACGCUCAAGGAUAAAAACGCUCUGCACCUGUACUCUGUGAAUGGAAAGCACCUGUGCAGUGAGACUCUGAAGGAGCAGGUGACUGACGUGUGUGUAUAUGGGGAACAUGUGGUCACUGGCAGUGAGCAGGGAUUCCUCACCAUCCGUGACCUGUACAGUCUGUGCCUGAGCUCCGAGCCCAUCGCCAUGCGCGUGCCGGUGCGCUGCGUCUCCGUCACCAAGGAGCAGAGCCACGUGCUGGUGGGCCUGCAGGACGGCAAGCUGAUCAUCGUGGGCGUGGGGAAGCCGGCCGAGAUGCGUUCAGGUCAGAUCAGCAGGAAGUUGUGGGGCUCCAGUAGAAGAUUGACUCAGAUUUCUUCAGGAGAGACCGUCUACAACACGCAGCACGACCAUCAUCACCAAUCACAGCCCUGACUCCUCCUCCUCCUCCUCCUCCCUGACCCCUCCCCUCGCACACCGUCAACAGCCUGUGUGUCCGUGUGUGUUUUCCUGCGCUGGAUUGAGCGUAUGGUGCUGGCGCUGUGGUUCAAAUCCUCAGCAGCACACACGCACGCACACACACACACACACAUGCGUGCGCGUGUGUGUCACAUGGCCUUGUUGUCUCAGCAGCCUUACACAGCGCCAUCAUCAGUCACAUGACCAAACUCUCCGCCUUCCCCACUCACACAUGCUUUUGUUUUAAUUCAUUUGUUUUUUUGUCGUUGUUUUUUUGUUUUUUUUGACAAAUAUUUCGACAAACGACAAACAAACGUCGUGUUUUUGGUCAGACUGUAAAUAAAGACGUUGUGAUGA